UGAUCCUGCGACGCCGUCGCUGCAAUGGGACGCCCUCCCGGAAGUGGGCUCUGGAUCGGGCAGUGAAAGUGGUGUCCAGUUACCCCCGGGACCAGAUCUGGGAAGUCGGAGCUGAACUAUUUCUUUACCUUUCUCCCAUCCUUUCUGAAUCUUCUAGGUCCGCCUAGUAAGGAAACGUCUCCGCCGUCAUGGGGGGCGGAGACCUGAAUUUGAAGAAGAGCUGGCACCCGCAGACUCUCCGCAAUGUGGAGAAAGUGUGGAAGGCUGAGCAGAAGCAUGAGGCCGAGCGGAAGAAGAUUGAGGAGCUUCAGCGGGAGCUGCGGGAGGAGAGGGCUCGGGAGGAGAUGCAGCGCUAUGCGGAGGAUGUUGGGGCUGUCAAGAAAAAGGAAGAAAAAUUGGACUGGAUGUACCAGGGCCCUGGUGGGAUGGUGAACCGUGAUGAAUACUUGCUGGGGCGCCCCAUUGACAAAUACGUUUUUGAGAAGAUGGAGGAGAAGGAGGCAGGCUGUUCCUCUGAGACAGGACUCCUCCCAGGCUCUAUCUUUGCCCCAUCGGGUGCCAAUUCCCUUCUUGACAUGGCCAGCAAAAUCCGGGAGGACCCACUCUUCAUCAUCAGGAAGAAAGAGGAGGAGAAAAAAAGAGAGGUGUUGAAUAAUCCUGUGAAAAUGAAGAAAAUUAAAGAAUUGUUGCAAAUGAGUCUAGUAAAAAAGGAGAAGAAGAAAAAGAAGGAGAAGAAAAAGAAGCACAAGAAACAUAAGCACAGAGGCUCAAGUAGCGAUCGUUGCAGCAGCGAGGAUGAGCGCGGCCGGGGGAGAUCUCAAAAGAAGCUGGCAAAUUCUUCCCCUGUUUUGGCCAAAGUCCCUGGAUAUGGCUUACAGAUCAGGAACUCCGACCGGAGCCAGGGACCGCGGGGUCCUCCGGCGGCUGAGCAGCGGGCAGGGCAUGGGUUGAAGAAUUACUCCAGGUCUAGAAGCUCCUCUCCCUCACCUCCGAGACACGCCAGCAAGAAGAGCACCAGAGAAGCAGGGUCCCGGGACAGGAGGUCCCGGUCCCCGGGCAGAAGGUCCCGGUCCCCUAGGCCAAGCAAACCGCACAACUCUAAGGUAAGCAGGAGAGACAGAGGCCGAACUAAGAGCCCAUCACCUAAAAAAGAGGUCUACCAAAGGCGGCAUGCUCCAGGGUACACCAGAAAGCUCUCAUCGGAGGAGCUGGAGCGAAAACGGCAAGAGAUGAUGGAGAACGCCAAGUGGCGGGAGGCGGAGAGGCUGAACAUCCUCAAGAGACACGCCAAGGACGACGAGCGCGAGCAGAGGCUGCAGAAGCUGGACUCCCGGGAUGGCAAGUUCCUCCACCGCAUGAAGCUAGAGAGCGCAUCUACCUCCUCUCUGGAAGAUCGGGUGAAGCGGAAUAUUUAUUCCCUGCAGAGGACCUCAGUAGCUCUGGAGAAGAACUUUAUGAAAAGAUGAAAGCCAUCGCCUGUCUUGCUGGUUUUCCUGAAAUUUUCAGGGAGGUUGCUGACCCCUUACAAAUUCUCUUUAUAAGAGUUCAAAUGGCUUCUUCCACAGAUGUCAAACCACCACUGUUCAAAGUGACUGUCCCCCGUGGAUCGCAGAAACAGCCCAUUUCUUUUGAGAACCAGUGUGACUUGCUCUAUGGGACCCUCGGUAACUUUUGCUGGGUGCAGAGCAGAUUUUAACUUUUUUUUUUUUUUUUUUUUGUGGAUGGGCACUGGAACAUCUCGGGGUGAGCACUCAUGUUGCUCUGGAAGCCUGCUCCCCGUGGUCAGGGUACUUUUUAUUCCUCUUCCCUCCACCUGUGUGAACACCCCUAUACUACCACCUCAGUAUAGACCGGACCUUUUGGAAGCCUCUCUCCCCAAAGCCACUCAGGUAGAGCCCAGGGAGUGACAAAGAAUCUGGAAGGGAAAACAAUGCAGAAAAGCCCUGUAAAUGAACUAUUGAAGUAUUUGGACUUUUUCUCCAGCUGUAAAGCAUAGUGUGUAUAUGUACAAAUGUAUAUUUUUUCAUGCUUUUAAAAAAAGAAGUUAGCUUUGUGAGAAGAUCUUGUUUGGUAAGUGACUUUACUAUGUAAUAGGACCACACUGUAUCUUGUUAUCCAGUAACACAGUAAGGCAGGUCAGCUUUUCUUUCCUCUUUGAAUCUGGCUAGUUUUGGAGGGGGCCUGGGUUUAUUGAUAGGACGUAGGGUAUCAAUCCUUUUACACUGCCUAGAGUCUGCAGUGUGGGCAGUGCAGUGUUGAAGUCAAAUGAUUUUAGGAGUCAGGACCAAACUGCCAGUAUACUCCUUGGCUCUUAAAAGAAAAUAAAAUGGAAGCUGUUUAUUUCAUGGCUUCCCUUUUAUCAUGUAGUAAUGUUAUUACAAUUCUAGAUUUUCAGGUGUUGUUUGCUAUUAUUUUUUAGUCAGGUAUUAAAACAAAAAAACAAAAACCACCCAAACUCAUGGGACCAGUCUCCUAUCUCUACCCCUUUCCCUUUUCUUCUUUCACCAGAGGCUCUCACUCCAUCCAGGAGGUCCUAGGCACUGCUGACCCACACAUUAGCUGCUCUAGUUCCUUGUUCUGCUGAUUCCUAAUUCUGCCUAGAACGAAUCUGGGUUUAUAUUUUUGAACACUUACGAUUCCAGAAACUGUCAUGCUUAAAACUCAGUUUUUCUCCAGAGAGAAGGUGACAUACACUUGUCAUUCAUUUCAUCACCUUAUCCUGCCAGGGUUAAUUAUGUCUUUUAUUACUUGGUAAUAAAGACCACAUUUAUUUUUUUCCUAA